GACUUUCGGAUCGCUGGGAGAGUUUUUCAAAAACAAAGACUUCUUUUGACUUGAUUCCCCUUUUUGUCUCUUGUUCAGCACUUUUGCCAGUAUCAUCCAAGUAGUGGAAGGGGUGGAAUAUUUAUAGGCAUCGACAAACAUAGUUAUAAUCAUACUUGACCGCCUUCGUGAAACUAGCACAAACCAAGCUCUGUAGUAACCUUUUAUUAGUUGAUCUCGACAAGUUUCGAAGCGCCUAUUAGCCUGCUUGAGAGUGAAAUGGCUGCGGUGAAUGUCCUCCACACGGCCGUUUCUACGGGUAACGUCAGCAGACAUGACAUGAUAGAAUGGAUCAACACGACUCUGGGAUUGCAGUACACCAAAGUCGAGCAGAUGUGUUCCGGUGCGGCUUACUGUCAGUUUAUGGACAUGAUGUUUCCAGCAUGUUUGUCAUUGAAAAAGGUCAAGUUCAAUGCCAAAAUGGAGCAUGAGUAUGUUGCUAACUUCAAGAUCCUGCAGACGUCGUUCAAGAAGACUGGCGUAGACAAGAUCACACCAGUGGACAGGCUUAUCAAGGGUCGCUUCCAGGAUAACUUUGAAUACCUGCAGUGGUUUAGGAAACUCUUUGACGCCAACUACGAUGGCCAUGAGUAUGACGCUCCUGCAGCUCGUGGAGGUCAAGGUGGCGCUGCGCCUGCAGCAGCCCCUGCUGCUGGACGCGUAAAACAGCCAGCUGUUAGUCGGCCGACCGCGGCUGCAUCCAAACCAGCAGCCAACAAGUCCCGGCCUGCCGCAGCGCCUACCACCAGCACGGCUGCGAGCACGGCAAAUAGCUCUGCUGCAAGUGCAGCACACGCUGCCCAGAUCGAAGAGCUCAAACAACAGCUUGCGACCACACAGCUGACCGUUGACAGCCUCGAGAAAGAGCGUGAUUUCUACUUUAGCAAGUUGCGCGAUAUCGAGAUUAUCUGCCAAGAACCUGGCAGCGAGGACCUCGACUCAGCCAAGCAGAUUUUGGCUAUUUUGUAUGCAACAGAGGAUGGCUUUGCACCACCUGUGGAAGGAGGAGAAGACCUUAUGACGGAUGAGCAGCCACCAUUCGAGGAAGAGGAACAAGAGGAAUACUGAGGCUGCGUCCAAUUUUCAGUUCUGGGCUGUAAACGACCCAGCUGUUGUGCUGCACAGCACGUUGAGCAAUAUUGCAUCGUGCAACCUAUGUCGAUGUGACACCUACCCAAUGCGCUGUUAGUUCUUGGUCAAUGUCAUCCCAUUAUGCUGGAACUUUUUUUCUCUUUUUUUGUGUGACACAGUUUUGGCAAAAAGUUUUGUGGAGAUUUAUUAUUUUUGGUUCUUCUUAUUUUUAACAUUUGAAUCUGAAAUCCGGUACAUGGUCUCUGACAUGGCUCUACUUGAUCUCCGUGGCAUACUGAUCCAUCUUGUAAAUUCUAAAGUUAGGAAUUGGGCUAGGCGUACGUAUGUGUAGCUGGUCUGAUCGUUAGGGGCUCAGACAGGGCGGCGGCCUCAGUGACUUCUUCUUUUCUUCUUUAUCUGUAUCCUGUUGGAUUUGUGCUGUUUAGACGUUGUUGUUGUUGUUGUUGUUGUUGUUUGUGCCGUUAGAUAGCGACCACUUGGUAGAGUGUACUAGUAUUGUGUGUUACACUGUACACUGCUAUCCAUGUUCAAUAUCUACUGUAGCCAUCCAGAUACCCUGCAAAGAAUCCUUCUUAUUUUAAUUAUCAUUACCCGUGUGUGCACCGCACAUUCGCCUACAUCUUACUGUUGUAGUAGAGAGGGCCGCAUUGCGUUGGCCCGGCCCGUAGCAUUUCAUUAUACGAGAAUUCUCCCGCUUCCCAGUGCA